GGUUACUCUUUUUUCUUAUUUAUUUUUGUUAUACCUGUUUUGCUCUAGUUUUUUAAUCCCUUCGAACUCUCCAUUACGUUGCUUCGUGAUCAUCGUCUCUGUAAAUUCUGCUGGCAGUGAAUUAGGGUUCGUUUGAAUUAUUGAGCCGAACUUGUGGCGGGUAUGCAGGGAUACUCGCAUUGGUUCGGAAUUUUAAUUUUCCACUGAAAGCUGAACCCCCUUCAAAUUUCUCUGCAUUACGUUUUGUUUGAUUUGCCUUGCAUUUUGAGCAAUACUUCCGUUUUCCCUAUUUUUAAUUAAUAAAUUUCAUAUGCUUGAUUUGCCUUGGUGUUACGGGAAGCGAUAAUACGAAAUCUUUAUAUUAUGCAUGCAGUUUUCAUGCUUUCAUGUGCAUAUUUCGCUUAUCUUGUUCGUUUUUCAAUCUGCAUUUGAGAGGAUUUCUGUAUCUAUGUUGGUUGGGAUAAUGUGUCUUGUGGAGAUUGAUAUAUUUUCUACAUGUAGACAGUUACUUAAUUUAGUUGCCUUAGUUUUUGAGAUAAGUGUUUUUUUCCCUUGUACUACUUGAGCAAACUCUGACUUGAAUGAUGAUAGAUGGCUGAAUUUCAGUUUGAUUAUAUCCUUUCUAUUGCCCUUCUCAAUUGAUAUUAUGCAGGGUACUUCAUCUUGAUGAAGUUUGCCACAUGCCAAAUGACAUUUGUGGACCAUCUGAUGGUUUCCGUGUCUCCCUACUGAUCUAAAGUAUUAUUCUGUAGGUCUCACGCACAGUGUUCAGCAAAACAAAUGGUAAAUGGUACUCGUUCUAGUCACAAUGCUAAGGACGAGGAAAAUAAUAACAGGAGGGUGACACAGGAUAGUGAGAAGGGAAAAAUCAAAUCACAUCCUAAUGUAUCAGAUACAACUGGUGUGAGAAGGUCUCCUAGAGAGACAUCAUCAAAGAAGAACAUUCCUAACCCUUCUUCAAGUACCCGUAAGUCUGGGCGACUUGAAAAUAGAGCACCACCAGCUCCUGUCGACAAAAGGAAAUCUGGAAGGAUUGAAAAAAAGAUGCCAAGUCCUUUGAGAAGAUCUGGAAGAACUAGGAGUCAGUCUUCUGCAGGUUAUUCUGAUUCUAAAAGCUCAGGGUCAGUGAGUUCAGACCCUAAGCCAAAAAAAGAGAAGAGUGUGAAACAGUUGAUAUUUGAAGCUAAGGAAGUAAAUGGAACUGAGGAACAUCAUCUGGGAACACCCCGGAUCAGAGUAAAGAGAAUGACUGCUCGUAUGUAUCGGUCUCUCUUUCAAUUACCAAAGGAAGAGCCUAAUAGGACCGAUAAGUUAAAUCAAGGUGGCAACAAUGGUGAAGGCCAGAUUGAUGAGUGCUCUAAAGAGAGUCAUGAUUGUGAAGAAAUCUCCAAGAAUGGUGUGCUAUCAUCUGAAGAUGGCAAAUCAAAAGAGAUGAGAGUUGACAUUGGGUCGAGUGGGUCUGUGAAAGAUCUGGUAGAAAUUACCAUGGCUCAAGGUUCAUUGGCACCAUCUAAUGUUGCGCUACCAUCUGAAGAUGGAAAAUCGAAAGAGAUGAGAGUUGACACUGGGUUGAGUGGGCCUGUGAAAGAUCUGGUAGAAAAUACCAUGACUCUAGAUUCAUUGGCACCAUCUAAUGCUGCAACUUAUGAGACUGGUCUGGCAUCUGAAAACUUUCACCCUGAUUACUGCAGAGAGGAAACAUUACAGGUGUUAGUGUCAAGCAAUUCCAUAUUGGAUGAAGAUUCUAUCAGGAACGGUGUUGGGGAUCGUAGAGGUGAAAACUUGAUACCUUCUAAGAGCAAGGAAAUCACUGUGGAUAUGGAUUCAGAUGUUUCUUCCAUGUUGGCGAAGGGUGACAAUUGCAACUUGACUCCUGAUGCUAGUAGCCUGUCAAGGCUAGGUGGCAAUCUUAUGGGGACUUACCGUCCAUCUAAUGCCACACUUUAUGAGACUGGUUUGCUACCUGAAAGGGUUCAGCCUGAUUGUUGCAGAGAAGAAACAUUACCGUCAAGCUAUUCCGAGAAUGGUGUGCUACCAUCUGAAGAUGGCAAAUCAAAAGAGGCGAGAGUUGACUCUGGGUUGAGUGUGCCUGUGAAAGAUCUAGUAGACAAUACCGUCACUCUAGGUUCAUUGGCACCAUCUACUGCCGCAACUUAUGAGAUUGGUUUGGCACCUGAAAGCAUUCAGGCUGAUUACCUCAGAGAGAAAGGGAAUUCCAUAUUGGAUGAAGAAGACUUAAUUAGGAUUAGUGUUGGGCAUGAUAGUAGUGGUGAAACAUUGUUACCUUCUAAGAGAAAGGGAAUCAUGGUGGGCAUGGAUUCAGAUGUUUCUGCCAUGUUGGCUAAGGGCGAUUACUGCAACUUGGUUCCUGAUAGUGGUAGCCCUUCACAACUAGGUGGCAAUAUUAUGGGGACCAACGGGUCAUGUUCCAAGCAAAUAAGGUUGGAUUAUAAUCCUACAGUCAGGGAGUCUUGUAUCCCUUCUGCAACUGAGCUUCAAGAUGGACAUUAUAUUGAUGCAAGCAUGCUGCAGAAGGAUUCUCAAAUUGAUAAUGAAAAAGAAUCUGGUUUAAUAACUAAUUCCAAUAGCAGUGCUACUCAACUAAAGGAGAGGUUGUCAAGUCAUAUUGGAUACAGAUGCAAAUCUGACUCCUUUAGUUUUGUUGAGUAUUGGGUUCCUGUACAAAUAUCUAAUCUGCAGCUUGAACAGUAUUGUUCUAUUUUACUUUCAAAUGCUUCAAUUCUUCGCUCCUCAUCAAAGGUUGAUAGUGUUGAGGCAGUUCGUGAUGUUCUUAUUUCUACCCGAAAGUGUUGUAGUCAUCCCUAUCUUGUUGGUCCGGAACUGCAACCUUCUCUUAACAAGGGUCUCGAACCAAUUGAGUAUCUUGAUUUUGAUUUAAAAGCAAGUGGCAAGUUGCAACUUCUUGAUUCGAUGCUUGAGGAGUUGAGGAAGAAUGAUUUAAGGGUGCUCAUUCUUUUUCAGUCUAUUGGAGGUUCUGGAAGGGUUAUAGGAAAUUAUUUGGAAGACCUAUUGCGACCAAAAUUUGGUUCAGAUUCGUAUGAACGGAUUGAUAAAAGUCUUCCGCCUUCCAAGAAGCAUGCCGCCAUGAAGAAAUUUAAUGAUAAGAACAACAGACGAUUUGUGUUUUUGUUGGAAACAUGUGCUUGCCUUCCAAGCAUCAAGUUGUCGUCAGUUGAUUCUAUAAUUAUAUUUGAUAGUGAUUGGAACCCAAUGAAUGAUAUAAGAUCCCUUCAGAAACUAACUCUUGAUUCACAGUUUGAAUUGAUAAAAAUAUUCCGUUUAUAUUCAUCUUUCACUGUUGAAGAAAAAGCCUUAAUCCUUUCUAAGCAAUGUAAGAUAUUUGACAUCAAUUCACCAAACUGGACUAUCUUUCAUAUGCUGUUGAUGUGGGGUGCUUCUUGUCUAUUUGACGAAUUGAAAGUUUUUCAUGAUGGUGAAAUUUCUUCAUCAAAUGUGAAAUCCUUGUUUGGGCAACCACUUUUGAAAGAAGCAAUGCAUGAGUUCUCAUCCCUACUAUCUCAGGAUGGAGAACAUAUUGAUUCAAGCAACUGUUCAACUUUAUUGAAAGUACAGCAAAAUGGGGCAACAUACCAUGCAAAUUCUUCUUUGCUUGGUGAGCUAAAAUUUAGGGUACUUGGUGAAGAGCCAACCCAAAUUUUUUGGACAAAGCUUUUGGAGGGAAAACAGUUUCAGUGGAAGUACUUAAAUAGUUCAUCUCAGCGAAGCCGGAAGAAAGUUUAUCAUUUUGAUGGUUCAGUCAAUGGGCCUGAUCUUGUAAAUGAAGGAGCAUCAAAGAAGCGCAGGAAAAUUAGCAACAAUAUUGUUGAACAGCCUUCUUCAAAAUCUGAAGAUGAAAAGUUAUCCAAUGGAAUCAAGGCAGAUAGAUCUCAAGGAAAUAAUGCUGAAUCUGAGCCAAAAAGUAGACAGCAUGAUGAGCAGAGGAGCUUACUUCUUUUGCUGAAGCCAGAGAUCAGAAAGCUUUGUGAUGUUCUUCUUCUUCCAGAUAACGUCAAGAGAAUGAUUGAUAAUUUUCUUGAAUAUGUUAUGAACAAUCACGAUGUCAAUAGGGAACCGUUUUCAAUAUCACAGGCUUUUCAAUUAUCUCUGUGUUGGACUGCAGCUUCUUUGCUGAAACACAAACUUGACCCCAUUGCUUCUCUUAUACAAGAUUUGAACUUUGAGUGUAAGAAAGAAGAGGUGGACUACAUUUGUUCUAUGUUGUGUUGUUUGAAGAAAAUAUUUUUAUACCGUACAGGAAAUUAUCAUGAUACCGGUUCUCCAAAAGCAUCUGGACCAUCAAACAGGGCAUAUUCCUGUACAGGAGUUGCACGAGAGGUUGAAUUGUUCAAAAAAGAUAUGUCCAAAAGUAUUAAAGAAAUUCAGAAGAAGUGUGAAAAGAAGCUGAAGAAGCUACAUAUUUUGCAAGAAGAAGAGAAGCAAAGGUUGAGAGCAGCUAUUGAGGAAGAAAAGGCUAAAUUUGAGGAAAGGUACAAAAUAGAGUCUGCUGUUAUUCGAUCCUGCUCUCCCAAUGAUGUUACAAGAAUGGAAAAGCUCAGGGUUUUGAAUACUGAAUAUGAAAAAGGAAUUGAAGAACUAAAAUUUCACCAUGAUUCAUGUCUCAAGGAUCUUGAGGACAAGCAAUUAGCUGAAAUACAGAAGUUUCAAGAUAAGGAGGCUGCUUGGGUAGAAGAUGUGAAAUCUUGGGCCGACAAUGAAUAUCUAAGCAUAAUUGCUUCAAAGGAACUUGGAACUGGGGUUGAAUCCUUGCAGACUUGUGAUCAAGUACUGCCUGACAGUGGUCUAAAAAAUCAUUUGGCUGGUACUGCUGCGAAUCCUCCUUCAUCCAUGGAACAAAAAUCUGAUGGAGGUGCUGUAAAUGAACUUUCAGAUAGAGAAUUAAGACUGAGUAAUGGUCCAGAUAACAAUACCCUUUUGAGUCCACAGAACCAAAAUUCUGGGGGCCCAUUAGAUGUCCAAGGUUUAGAUAGAGUUUUAUCACCAAGGGCUUGUCAAGCUGCUAGUUCAAGUGAUGGUCCGAAUACAAUUUCCAUUCCAAAUCCACUUUUGGAGCAACAAACUACCAACGGAGUCCCUUUGAGUAUUCCAGCAGCAGUUGAUUUUCAUGAUGAUAUAGAGCAUUUAACAAAUGCUGUGUUGGGGGAUAAAAGAACCACAUCAGACCAGCAGGAAGGAGCACCUAAAACCAUGACAGAAUUGUCCCAGGGGACUCCAGUAUCUAGAACAGUUAAUGUCACGGAUCCUCCAGAACAAGUGCAGCAUUUAUCUGUGGAGUCCUCUCCUCACCAUGAUAUAUCUGGGGAAAUGUUGCAUUCUUCCAGACAACCUGAACUGUUAUCUAGUGCAGUUGAUGUUGCACCCGCUGAUCAAUCCAAUCAUGUUUCACUGAUCGUGAAGCCUGUGGAGCAGGUGCAACAAGUAUCAUCUGCAGAGCUCCCUUCUUCCCAUCUGGAUUCAACUAAUUUACCUUUCACAACCGAACUUGAACAUCAGCCAACUGUGGUUCCAAAUCAAGACGUGCAACCUGAUUCAAAUUUGGAAGUUGAUUCACAUUCUCAUUCACAUGAAGUUUUUGUGCACCCUGCCUCAAAUUCAGACCCUAAUACAGUUACACCUAGUGAAGUAAGAGUGCAAUCUGCAGACACAACAAAUUUGUCGACUCCUUUGGAGAUAAAUUAUCAAAAUAUGCAAGCUGAAACCCAUUCAUCUUCCAGAAUGGUGCAUUUAAGCUAUGAUCCGCUCAACAAUGAAUUGGAUAGAAUACAAAAAGUAACAGAACAAGCAGUGAAAAACUAUGAAGAUAAGAAAUCGCAGUUGAAAACUGAUUUUGAAAAGGAAUUAGAGGAACUCCGUAGGAAGUAUGAUGUUAAAUUUCAAGGAAUUGAAGUUGAAUUUAAACAAAGAAAGACGACUCUGGAUACAAAUCGUAAUGUAGUUCAUAUGAAUAAGUUCUUGGCAGCUGCUUUUAGGUCUAAAUGCUCGACUCUUAAACCAUCUUGUACAUCAGGAAUGCUGCCAGAUUCAGGUUUCGCACAGCAGCAGUUGCUUCAGCCUUCAAAACAACAAAGUACUAGUUGGCGUUCCCUGCUUGCUGGUUCUUCUUCCUCCACCACGACUAGCUCUCAGCAUAUGGUAACACCUAUACGGGCUGGUUACAGUGCAUCAGGAUUUUCCCACAAUGUUUCUGCAAGAUCACCAAUUAUUGACACCAUUUCUUUGCCAGUUGGAAAUCCUCAAGCUGGUGUAGGUCAGAUACGAGCACCUGCACCACAUCUCCAGCCUUAUAGACAAUGACAUAGCUUUUUCUUUUUCUUGUUUUCUCUCCCUAGUUGGGAGAGAUUCUUACAUAAAUUUUGGCGGGAAAAAUAUUGUAGUACUGAUGCCGAUGUCAGUAGUUUUUUUUUCUUUUCUUUUCCCAACGCUUUGUUCUAAUUAUAGAUAUAUUAACAUGUAUAUAUGUAAUUAAUUGUCUGCCAAAUUUUCUCUGGGAUGCAAUGAAUCAUGAAUGGCUGGCUGGCGGUUAAGACGAAGCA